AAUUGGAAGAUUACUGUGAUUGGACAAAAUGUUGUCUAAAGUGCUGACUUUACUCGCACUGGUAUCAGCCAGCCAGGCGAUCUUCCCGUUCCACCAUCAUCAUCACCAUCACCACCCAGCAGUGUCCCACCAGGAGUACCACAAGCACGAUGGCCACCACCAUCCCAUCCCCAUCCACCAUCCCAUCCCCAUCCACCAUCACAUCCCCUUGCAUCAUCAUGAGCCCCAUCAUCACCAUCAUGUCCCUCAUGUACCUGUUCAUCAUGAUUUCUAUUCAUUCCCGGAGUACAAGUUCGCGUACUCAGUGCACGACCACCACACUGGUGACGUGAAGUCGCAACACGAGACGAGACAUGGCGACCACGUCAAGGGCGAGUACGAACUGGUGGAGCCUGACGGCAGACACAGGAAGGUGGAGUACAAGGCGGACGACCACACCGGGUUCAACGCCAUCGUGCACCACUCCUCGCCCCACCAUCACGUUCACCUGGCUCAUCAUCAUCACAUUUAAGACAACAGUACAACGGCCCCGCCCACAUAAGACUGAUCUGAGAACCCCAG